GCCACUGGCACACUAAGGUGGUCCUUCUAUCUCUCUGUCUGUCCGGCUCUGAAAGCAUCAACAGCUUCCUGAUUCAGCACCACAGGAUUCGCUGAGGCCCCUCGCCCAAGGCCUGUAUCAGUCACCACAGACGCACCCUGCCGACAGGGCCCCGUUUAAAAGUCCCAGGAUCUGGCACUAAAAAAGGAAAAUGACGAAUAUAACGACAGGAGAGACAGACGAGAUAACUCUGGCGUGUGGCAUGUCUGGAAGCCAUCAUUUCAUCUUCACCCUGAUACCCAUCGUCUACGGCUGUAACUUUGUCAUUGGCAUUGUUGGAAACAGUAUGGUAGUGGCUGUGAUCUACUGCUACAUGAAGCUCAAGACGGUGGCCAACAUAUUUGUGCUCAAUCUCGCUGUUUCUGACCUCACCUUCCUCAUAACUCUGCCCAUGUGGGCCAUCUUCACUGCCACCGGCUAUAACUGGCCGUUUGGAGGAUUCCUGUGCAAGGCCAGUGCAGGCCUGGUGAUUUUUAACCUUUACACCAGCAUCUUCUUCCUCACAGCGCUUAGCAUUGACCGUUACCUCGCCAUCGUCCACCCAAUGCGAUCGCGCAGGUUACGCACUGUGGUGUACGCACGUAUCACCUGUGUAGUGAUCUGGCUUUUUGCCUUUGUGCUAAGUGUGCCCACAGCAUUGACCAGGGAUGUCCACAACAUCGAAAACUACACUACAGUGUGUGGCAUUCUUCACCCUACCAUUGAAAAUACCAUGAUUCUGAAAGAGCUCCUGCUUGCAAUCAGCCUGAUGAAAAGCCUGCUCGGCUUCCUGGUGCCCUUUGUCAUCAUCAUCACCUGUUACUGCCUCAUUGGACGUGCACUGGUUGGGGCGAGGCACAUCCAGAAAAGCUCCCGUUCACGGGAUGACGAGGUACUGCGCAUGCUUGCAGCAGCUGUCCUGGCCUUUUUCCUGUGCUGGGUGCCCCAUCAGGUGUUCCACUUGAUGCAGAUGCUCACCCAGCUGUCACAGGAAAAGAACUGUGCCAUCAUAGAAAUCAUUGACACCGCCAUGCCCUUCACUAUCUGCAUCGCCUACUUCAACAGUUGCGUUAACCCUAUUGUGUAUGGCUUUGUUGGGCACAACUUCCGCAAAAACUUGCUUCGACUGCUGCACUGCUCCCCGGGUGGAGCUGCGGUGCCUCGCCCGAGCAUCAGCUCCAAGAUGAGCGCCCUCUCUUUUCGUGCUUCUGAGGCACUGAGCCUCACAGCCAAAAGCAAGGCCUCCUCUGAAGUUAGGUGAAAGAGAAGAAAAAGAGUCCAAGUUUACUCUCCCCACUCUUUUGGUCUGUGGUUAAGGGGCUGGGGAUGGAGACAUUCCAUGCUUUUAAAACCCCAACUGUAUUACAAAGCACUGAAACACGCAGAAUGGUUGAAAGGUUGUAUUCAUGUCCCUCUGUGAGUAAGUCCAAAAUAGAUUCACCACCUUGUACAAUGCUUAUCUGAAGAAUAAUUAUUCAAAAAUCAUCACAUGUCAAACUCAUACUUGUAACAUUCAUGUGAGCAAAUGUUUCUUCUCUCCAAGCAUGUGUCCAAUCCAGGAAUUAACUAUGUCAAUGCUAGAAAAGACUAUACGUACAGAUCACCCAUUAUUUAUAUAAGAUAUGCAUGUGCUGCACGAUUUUGUCGCUUUUUGUGCCUUAAGGAUACAGUGCAGUAAUAUAUUGUCCUGUGAUAACCACUAUGUGUGCUAAGCAGGAAUAUUACCAGUUGGAACAGUGAUCAAGUGUUCAGCAAAAAAAAAAAAAAAGGAAAUAUCAUGAGACACUCAUGCAUGCUCUGCCAGCAGCUUUACACAAUGAGCAAUUGGAAAAGUGUAGCAGAAAUGUGAUGUUUAUAUCAGUUAGUAACAUAUUUGACUCUGAUAAUUAGUGCCUGUAUACUGUAUGUGGUUAAGUCUUUGCAUAAUAACUUUGAAAUAUUUACUUCAACAGUUGCGUUAACCCUAUUGUGUAUGGCUUUGUUGGGCACAACUUCCGCAAAAACUUGCUUCGACUAUUGCGCUGCUCUUUUCGUGCCUCUGGAGCACUGAGCCUCACAGCCAAAAGCAAGGCCUGCUCUGAAGUUAAGUGAAAAAGAAGAAAAAGAGUCCAAGACUAUACGUACAGAUCACCCAUUAUUUAUAUAAGAUAUGCAUGUUCUGCAAGAUUUUGUCGCUUUUUGCGCCUUAAGGAUACAGUGCAGUAAUAUACUGUCCUGUGAUAACCAUUCUGUGUGCUCAACAGGACUAUCACCAGUUGGAACAGUGACCAAGUGUUCAGCAAAGAUGCCAAAGCUAAAACAAAAUAGGAAAUAUCAUGAGACACUCAUGCAUGCUCUGUCAGCAGCUUUACACAAUGAACAAUUGGAAAGGUGUAGCAAAAAUAAUAGUUAGUUAGUAACAUAUUUGACUCUGAUAAUUAGUGCCUGUAUGCUGUAUGUGGUUAAGUGUUUGCAUAAUAACUUUGAAAUGCUGAAAUGUUGCCUAAUCUGGGAGUAACAUGAUCUAUAAAUAAGAGUUCUACACAAAUACUCAAGGGUGAUCAUUGUCAAUAUUUCUGGUGGUUGUCGUUGUGGUAUUUAAAACAUGUUGAUAGAUUU